ACGCUUCUUCUGCUGCCCCUCCGCACCGCGCUUUCUCCCGUCUUCUCCUGCCUUCGCCUCGCGGAUUCUUCACCUCGGAGCCCUAGCCAUGGCCGGAAGGGGGAAGGCGAUCGGCUCCGGCGCCGCUAAGAAGGCCACGUCCCGUAGCUCCAAGGCUGGGCUCCAGUUCCCCGUGGGGAGGAUCGCGAGGUUCCUCAAGGCCGGCAAGUACGCCGAGAGGGUCGGCGCCGGCGCGCCUGUCUACCUCGCCGCCGUGCUCGAGUACCUGGCUGCUGAGGUUCUUGAGCUUGCCGGAAACGCUGCGAGGGACAACAAGAAGACCCGCAUCGUGCCGCGCCACAUCCAGCUGGCCGUCCGCAACGAUGAGGAGCUCUCCCGCCUGCUCGGCACGGUCACCAUCGCCAGCGGCGGCGUCAUGCCCAACAUCCACAACCUGCUCCUCCCCAAGAAGGCCGGCGGCGGCAGCGCCAAGGCCGCGGCCGGUGAUGAGGACUAAAUCCUGACCGCUUGCCUCCAGUGGCGCCUCUCGUGGAUGCUGUACCAGUUGUGUGUUGUAGGCCGCCUAGGUGUUGCGUUCUAGCGGGUUGUUAGUAUGGAUGUGUUUGUACCGAUGCUAAACUAAGGUUUACUCUAGUAUGCUCUUGGAUUAGUAGGAGUGAUUCUGUAUUUGUUGCUACGUUUCUAUAAAAGGUGCAUCUUUGGAUGACUUGUUAAUCAAA